UAACUUCCACAGUAAACCAGUGAAGCAGCUCAAAUCCCAGCACAGCAGAGUCUGGCUGUACUGGGACGCUCCCAGCUUGGUGUGUAGUGUGAAGCAGGGGGUUCUGGGAAUCAGCAGGCGGAUCCUGCAGGAAACAGAAGGAAAAUAAAUAACAGCUGAUGUCAGGACGAGCUGUGAAACUCCUGCAGUCAGCAGGAAGGGAACGCUGGCCCAACAGACUCCUCACACCUGCGACAGAUCUGACCUCUGACCCCUGGCUCUCCUCUCCCGGUCUGACCCUGACCCCCCCUCUGUGACCCAGUAUGAAGCCGUACAGGAAGUGGCUGCUGGUGGUCCUGCUGGCCUGGCUCCUCCUCUUCCUGUCCCUGCUCUGUCACUUCCUGGACCUCAGAUCCUCCUCGCUGCCUCGGUCCAGAUCUGCUGCACAGUCCGGACUCACCAGGACCGAAACCCGCCGCCUGGCCUCUGUUCAGGGGGGGACCAGGACCGCCGGCUGGUCCCUGAGACCUGCUGGAGUAUCAGAAAAGGACUGGAGGAGGAGGAGGACUGACUACAGGUCCAGGUCUAAGGACUACUACAGGUCCAGGUCUCUGGAGAUCCUGCAGAGACUAUGGACUGGGAACCUGACGGCGGGGAUGCUGAGUCCUCGUCUCCAGAAGGCCCUGAAGGUCCAGCUUAGCUCCAACAGGCACCAGGUGGUGUACCGGGGCCCGAGGGGGGGUCGCAGGUCUGGUCUGCAGCUGUACUGCGAGCUGAAGAGGAGGACUAGGAUCAGGACUGUGGACGGGUCCGAAGAGCCGUUCUCCGGUCUGGGCUGGGACCGGCUGGUGCCUUCGCUGCCCCUGCAGGAGCUCCGGACGUCUCAGUAUCAGAGCUGCGCUGUGGUGACGUCAGCCGGAGCCGUCCUCAACUCAUCGCUGGGGAGGGAGAUCGAUUCCCAUGAUGCAGUUCUUCGCUUCAACGCCGCUCCCACCAAAGGCUUCGAGAGAGACGUGGGGACCAAGACCACCAUCCGCAUCAUCAACUCCCAGAUCGUAGCUCGGCCCAAACAUCAGUUCAGCAGCAGCUCGUUGUAUCAGGACGUCACUCUGCUGGUCUGGGAUCCGGCUCAGUACUCGUCCAACCUGACUCAGUGGUUCGAGAAGCCGGACUUCGAUCUGUUCCCAGCGUACGUCGAACGCCGUCGCCUCCGACCCGAGCAGCCGUUUUACAUCCUCCACCCAGAGUUCAUCUGGAGUCUGUGGGACCUGAUCCAGGACAACACCGAGGACCAGAUCCAGCCCAACCCGCCCUCGUCGGGGUUCACAGGUAUCCUGUUGAUGAUGUCACUGUGUCGUGAGGUCAGCGUGUACGAGUUCAUCCCGUCUGUCCGUCGGACCGCCCUGUGUCAUUAUUACGAGCGUUACCAAGACGACGCCUGUACACUGGGAGCGUAUCACCCUCUGCUGUACGAGAAGCUGCUGAUCCAGAGGAUCAACCAGGGCCACCAAGACCAGCUGAGGAGGAAGGGCAAGGUCACGCUGAGGGGGUUCCGGACCGUCCGGUGCGAGUCAUGAUCCGGGUCACGAUCCGGGUCUGACACACCGAGGGGGUUCCGGACCGUCCGGCGCGGGUCAUGAUCCGGGUCAUGAUCCGGGUCUGACACUUAUGUAACUGUGACAGAUAAUCUCUUAGUUUUGACUUGUGUCGUAAUUUUAAUGUAGUUUUGUCUCCUGGAAACUCAUAACUGACUUGUUGAUUAUUGAAUAUAAUCAGAAGUUCCUCAUGUUGAGCUGCUGACGAUACUUUAUACUUUCCAGAAACACAAAUGAACUAAA